AUGGAGUUGUGCUAUCGGUGUCGGGUUUACUACACACAGGUGUUCACGGAGUUUGUGGAGACUGUCAAUGGCGUGCACUUCAGCCGUGAUCGCAACACCCUCAUCCGAACCAUACACGAGGCGCAUCGCAUCACCGGCGAGGUCGCGCGACCCGUCACGGAGCACGGCUUCAGCGUGCAGCACCUCACCAACACCCGAAUCGUCAACAUACGAGGGUCGGUUCCUGAAGGGGGCCUUCCGCACCUGCAGGGAACGGAGGAUGCGCUGAAGGGUCAUUAUCGCGUUAUGCUGAUGAAGCGUGCGAUAGCGGCGAAGCGGUUCCAGUUCGACUAUUCGGCUUCCAUCGCUGACGUGGAUUAUGGCCUCAUGCUCGAGUGGCUGGGAGAAUCGUGGACUCGUGUGCGCGCAGCAACCAUGCAGAGGAGCUGGUGGCGCGCCGGAUGCGUGCCCCCAAGCUGGCCGCCACUGAUGGCGUACCUGAACGACACGUGCGCAACGGGCAUGUUUGAGCCCCUCAUUGCGACAUGCGUCGAGCUGCAGUUGCUCAUCGAGAAGUUCAAGAUGAGGCCUGCGUGCUAUAUGACGGCGGCGGAGUUCGUCAACUGCGACGCGGGACUCUGCGUGGAGCAGGGGUUCAGAGCCACACCUGCUGCCAGCGCGUCGGAUGACUCGUCGGGCGAGAUGAGCCUGCCAGAUGGCCCCUUACUGCGUGACGAGCGCAGCAGGCGGCGCGUGAUUCGCAACGUCACAAUGCGUACGUGGAGCGUGCCGAUCAGCUCGGCAUUCCCCCGGCCCUCGUGCCAGCAGAGGUCGGAGCAUCUAACCAGGAGGGCGAACGGGUACACCAAGUGGGUGCACCUGGCGUGGCAGGCGAUCGCGCUGAUCCUAGCGGCAGCGGGGCUGGCGUCUAUCAUCGUGGCCAAGAACUAUUCAGACAGCAAGCACAUGUACUCUGUGCAUGCCUACUGUGGGGUGCUCACCCUCGCGCUCUUUGUUAUCCAGUUCUUCUGGGGCCUGUGCGCGUUCGUUCUCUUCAAGAGCCGCCUGUCCGAAGCAACGCGGUACCAGAUGGGCACCUACCACAUCCUGCUUGGGAAGCUCGCUUACUACGCCGGCAUUGGCACAUGCGUGAACGGGUUCGCGGACAUGCAGAUGAUGAUGGUGGAUUCAGGGCAGCCGUCGUACGACAGUUCGACCAUGGCUCAGAGCUGGGCCGCCGUCUUCCUCUGGUUCACAUCGGCUGCUGUGUUCUGUGUCAUGACAACUUCCAGGACCGCCGAGGUCGUCACUGACUUUGAAGAGAAGGAUGCUGAGAAUAAUGUCGCAGUGUAG